AUAACGCCGUUAAACAAGGUAACGGCAACCAGCAGAUCUUUCUCUCACGAUUUCUCUCUCUCUCUCUCUCUCUCUCUCUCUCUCUCUCAUGAUCUAGUCUAGUACUCCAAUAAACCUCGUCAUCGGAAUUCGGAGGAGAGAAGCGACUCCGGUCUCUUUCUUUCUUUAUUCUCUCUCUGUACCAAAAUACCACCCGAUCUAUUUCUUUCUGUUCUAGAUUUUCUCUCUCUCUCUCUCCAACUACACAAACUGGUAGGUGCCGUCGCUCGCCGGAAUCCCCAUGAAUUCCGGCGGAGGGCCCUGAAUCAACCGGCGAGAGAGAUAGAGAGAGUGUUUGUUCGUUCUUGUGACGGAGAAAAACGGGUUAGAGUAAAAUAAUGGGAGAAUACAUGUGGUUAACGUGCAAUGUAGGGAAAUAACAAGAGAGAGAGAGAGAGAGAGAGAGAGAGAGAGAGAGAGAGAGAGAGAGAGAGAAGGGGAAGGCAUCAGAGGCUUUGGAGGUUCUUGCACGGCACAGAUGCCUACCUAGAUCCCUUAUUCAUUAAUCUCCCUUGCCUUUUGCCGCAAUCAAUUCGAUUUCUUUGCUGUCCUGCUUCUCUCUCUCUCCUCUCUCUCCCCUUUCUUUAAAUACACUUCGACUCGACAUGCCUCUUUCUCUCUCUCUUCCCCCAAAUCCUUGUCCGGAGUUGCACCGUGAGUUCUGAGACUCCCAAGUUCGUAAUUUAGUGAAGAUUUUCUCAUGCAAAGCUGGAAGAAUUUCAAAUUUCUAUACCUGUGUCCGUUCAGUGGUGAAAGCCAGUGAAGGGAAGAUUUUCAGUUUUCGCAUGUUUUUUUGAAAUCCGUGUUCACCAUGCCAUCGGAAAGGAUGGAUGGAGAGGGUUUGUCAUUACCGUCUUUCUUCCCAGAGGAAGUGUUUUACCCUAAUGAGAGACAGGUUGGGUUUUGGAAGACUGAAACCAUGCCUGAUCACUAUAUUGACAUUGGUGUAAAAGUGGACGGAAUAUUGGGAACAGCAGGUGGAAAUUCUGCUGCUUCAUCACCCCUUGAGAAACGGAUGUCACCCGAAUCUCAUCAGAGGAUGCAAUCUUGCGAUCUUCCUGAUCCUACCCUUACCAAAGACCAAAAAGUUAACUAUAGCUUAAAGAAGCAUGCAGUGGGAGCAGAGAGAGCAGCCAGUCAAUCCUUUCGGAUACCUGUUGACCAUAUUCCAGGAAUGAGAUCAAAUUUGAGUGCAAAGCCAGCGUCUUAUUUUAUGGAAGGUGAUGAAAUUCAUGUCAUGGGCCCUCAAUACGAGAAUGGUCUCUUCUCAAGCUCAUUGUCAGAAUUAUUUGGCAGAAAAUUGAGAUUAACAUCAAAUAAUGCUCUGUAUGGCCAUUCUGUUGGUGCUGCUGCCUCCCAUUAUGAGGAUCAGGAACCUUUUGAAACCCUUGAGGAAAUUGAGGCUCAAACUAUUGGGAAUCUCCUCCCUAAUGAUGAUGACCUGCUCAAUGGGGUGACUGAUGGGCUUGAUUAUGUGGGCCAAUCCAAUCCUGGAGAAGAAAUUGAAGAUUUAGACUUUUUUAGCAGUGUUGGAGGGAUGGACUUAGGAGAAGAUGGCUUCCCUUCAGGACAGAGAGAUUCUGAAUUUUCUGGAGGAUCUUUCAGUUCGGUUGGUGUGGACCAACAUUACAGGGAACAUCCGUCACGAACACUGUUUGUGAGAAACAUAAAUAGCAAUGUGGAAGAUUCUGAGUUACAGGCCCUUUUUGAGCAAUUUGGGGAUAUACACACUCUUUAUACAGCAUGCAAGCACAGGGGCUUUGUCAUGAUAGCAUAUUAUGAUAUAAGAGCAUCCCAAAAUGCUAUGAGAGCACUUCAGAACAAACCAUUGAGACGGAGGAAUCUUGACAUACAUUUCUCAAUCCCAAAGGAAAAUCCUUCAGAGAAGUAUAUUAAUCACGGUAUUCUCGUGGUUUUUAACCUUGAUUCUUCUGUUUCAAAUGAGGAACUCCAUCAGAUUUUUGGUGUCUACGGAGAAAUUAAGGAGAUCCGUGAGGCUCCACAAAGAGGUCAUCACAGGUUUAUAGAAUUCUAUGAUGUUAGGGCUGCAGAGGCUGCUCUUUGUGCAUUGAACCGCAGUGAUAUUGCAGGGAAGAAGAUUAAGCUUGAACCAAGUCCUCCUGUGGGUGCUAGACAGUGUUUGAUGCCACAAUUCCCUUCGGAUAUGGAACAAGAUGAAUCUGGUCCAUAUCUACACCAUUGUAGCUCGCCUAGUAACUCAACAACAGGAUUUCAUGGGCCAGUUUCUCAUGCAGGGAUCACAGCUUCUUGCAUGGAUAACAGAACUGUUCCAGGGGUACACCCUGCAAUCCGAGCCCCGAUUAGUGGUCCAUUCAUGGAAAAUGCAUUCCAUCAUGGACUCUCAUCUAGUGUUCCUAACAGUUUAUCCUCUUUGGUAAGAGUUGAAUCACUUGGCAAUCAAUCCAGUUUCCCCGAGUCUGGCCACUCACAGAGGCAGCUAAAAGUUGGAUUUCAAGGAACACCUGAUUUUCAUCCUCAUUCCUUCCUGGAGUAUCAUGAUGGUUUAACUAAUGGUGCUCAGUGCAAUUCUCCGGUCAUGGAUGCUAAUGUUAGUGCCAGGCCAUGCAACAGAAAUGAGAACCGACGAUUCUGUAAACCGAACGUAAAUGCCCAUUCACUUGAACUGAAUGAUGCUGUUUUUGGUUUUUCCGGAAAUGGGAGCUGUCCCUCUCCUGGACAUCAUUAUAUGUGGAAUAAUUCACCUCAGCCUCAAGGCAUGAUGUGGCCAAACUCACCAACAUUUGUAAACGGGGUUUGCACUGGUCAUCCCCCUCCUGGUUUGCAUGGACAACUUUCGAGAGCACCAUCGCAGAUGCUGAAUACGAUCUUACCAAUGAAUAAUCACCAUGUGGGAUCAGCACCAUCUGCAAAUCCUUCUCUUUGGGACAGACGACACUCCUAUGCUGGGGAAUCCCCCAAUGCUUCUGGCUUUCAUCCAGGUUCUCUUGGGAACAUGAGAAUUUCUGGUAAUUCGCCACAUCAUUUGGAAUUCGUCUCCCAAAAUAUCUUUCCUCAUGUUGGUGGAAACUGCAUGGACCUGCCUAUACCUUCCCAAAAUGUUGGAUUGCAGUCCCAUCAUCAAAGGUGCAUGAUGUUUCCUGGACGAGGUCAAAUGAUUCCUAUGAUGAGUUCCUUUGAUUCUCCUAAUGAACGGGCUAGGAGUCGUAGAAGUGAAGCCAGUUCCAACCAAGGUGACAACAAGAAACAGUUUGAACUUGACGUUGACCGCAUAAUGCGAGGAGAAGACAACCGGACAACACUUAUGAUAAAGAACAUUCCUAACAAGUAUACUUCAAAGAUGCUUUUAGCUGCAAUUGAUGAAUGCCAUAGAGGAACUUAUGAUUUUAUUUAUCUUCCUAUCGAUUUUAAGAACAAAUGCAAUGUGGGUUAUGCAUUCAUCAACAUGACUGAUCCUUCCAUGAUAAUUCCAUUCUAUCAGGCAUUUAAUGGAAAGAAAUGGGAAAAGUUUAACAGCGAAAAGGUUGCAACACUUGCUUAUGCUCGCAUACAGGGAAAAGCUGCUCUCAUUGCUCAUUUUCAGAACUCAAGCUUGAUGAAUGAGGAUAAGCGAUGUCGGCCAAUCCUCUUCAACACUGAUGGUCCCAAUGCAGGUGAUCAGGUGCCAUUCCCUAUGGGCGUCAACAUCCGAUCAAGACCCAGCAAAACUAGAGCCAUUACCAGUGAGGAAAACCAUCAAGAAAGCGCACUAAAUCUGCCAAAUGGGGAGGAAUUUGUUAAUGGGGACUCGUCUUCAGACUGAGCAAGCAGCUAGCUACCUUUUUGUCAGGACUAACUUCUAUUCAAACCAAGCUACAUUUAAUUUAUUCCACCCCAAAUGUUAGUAACAUGUUAGGGGUGGUUAACGGAAAGCAGAAGAAAAAAACAAAGAAAAAGUAAGAGGAAGAAUUUUACUUUUGGUGCUUCUGUGGAAAUUAAGUCGCCUAUAAAGUAGAGGGCUGCUUGACAAAGCUAAAUGAGUACACAUUUUGGGGUUAUUCAAAGUACUGAAGCAAUUUUAAAAAGAAGCCCAAGCAGGGCUUCGAAGUUUUGGACUCUUUUUCCUGAAUAUAUAGGAGUUUCUGAGCAAUGGAGAUAUAUUUCUGCAA